AUGAAGUCUUAUUUUACUUUCAAUGGGUAUCAUCAUGCCACCAAUGUUGAAAUACCAGCAGCACCAGCACCAGCACCAAAUGGGCCUGCUCUUCCUCCUCCUCUGAUAGAUACCUUGUUUACAGAAGGUAAGCUCUCCAAUGGUCAGGAUGUUGCAGUCAAAAGGUUGUCCAAUUACUCCCUCCAAGGAGAAAUUGAGUUUAAGAGUGAGGUGAUGUUAGUGGCCAAACUUCAACACCGAAAUUUAGUUAAGCUGAUAGGAUAUUGCUUGGAAAGAAGAGAAAGGCUAUUGGUGUAUGAAUUUGUUCCCAACAAAAGCCUCGAUUUCUUCAUAUUUGAUGAAGUUGGGCGGGCACAAUUGGAUUGGGAAAAGCGACACAAAAUCAUAACAGGCAUAGCUAGAGAUCUUCUUUAUCUUCACGAGGAUUCACGUUUGACGAUCAUUCACCGUAAUCUCAAAGCAAGUAUCAUUCGUUUAGAUGCCGAGAUGCAUCUAAAGAUAUCAAAUUUUGGCAUGGCAAGAUUAGAUUGUGGAGUUCAAUGUGAAAGGUCAGGGGAAAUGAUUGCUAUUGUUGGUGACUCAAUUAAUCAUGAAAGAGUUAUAGGAUCAACAUCAUUAGGAGCAAACCCAGAAGCUUCAAGCUUCUUCUCUAUCUGUGUUCUCGAACGGACAACUCAGCUUGGGGAAAAUCAUUUGUGGCUCGCACAAAGAAGGUGGUCUCAUGGUGACGAAGACGGUAGUACAGGCGCGACUUCAACGACAUUAUCAUCUUCCCUAGUGCCUCGUGAGGUGCAUGGUCGUUCUUGUUAUUUUCCUUUCAUUCAUGCUGGUUCGCCACGCAAGGAGGAAGGUUUCCUCUCCCUUCACAUUUCUUGGUUCCUCUUGCAAAGGGAGGGAGCUUCUACGUUUUGCGGUGACUUCACAGUAGAGGGGUCCAAUUCUCAUGUUUGGGUCAUGAUUUUGGGAUUGAGUUUUCUUAGCUUUGCCUCUACAAGUGGUGGCGAAAUAUUGGAGGUUCUUAUUUGGGAUUGA